AUGGCCAACUGCUGCUGCUUGUCGGCCGAGGAGAAAGAGUCCCAGCGCAUCAGCGCCGAGAUCGAGCGCCAGCUCCGGCGGGACAAGAAGGACGCGCGCCGCGAGCUCAAGCUGCUGCUGCUCGGCACUGGUGAAAGUGGCAAGAGCACUUUCAUCAAGCAGAUGAGAAUUAUCCAUGGUUCAGGUUACAGUGAUGAAGACAGAAAGGGCUUCACCAAGCUGGUUUACCAAAAUAUCUUCACAGCCAUGCAGGCUAUGAUCAGAGCCAUGGACACACUGAGAAUACAGUAUGUGUGCGAGCAAAAUCAGGAAAAUGCUCAGCUGAUCAGAGAAGUGGAUGUGGGUAAGGUCUCUGUUCUGUCCAGGGACCAGGCUGAAGCUAUCAAGCAACUGUGGUGUGACCCAGGGAUCCAGGAGUGUUACGACAGAAGGCGGGAGUACCAGUUGUCCGACUCGGCCAAGUACUAUCUCUCUGACAUUGACCGGAUCGCCAAACCGUUCUUUGUACCUACACAGCAAGACGUACUUCGUGUCCGUGUGCCCACAACUGGCAUCAUUGAGUACCCCUUUGACCUGGAAAACAUCAUCUUUAGAAUGGUGGAUGUUGGUGGCCAGCGAUCUGAACGACGGAAAUGGAUCCACUGUUUUGAGAGUGUCACCUCCAUUAUUUUCCUGGUUGCUUUGAGUGAAUAUGACCAGGUCUUGGCAGAGUGUGACAAUGAGAACCGCAUGGAAGAGAGCAAAGCCUUGUUUAAAACCAUCAUCACCUACCCCUGGUUUCUGAACUCGUCUGUGAUUUUGUUCUUAAACAAGAAGGACCUUCUGGAAGAGAAAAUCAUGUACUCUCACCUGAUUAGCUACUUUCCGGAGUACACAGGCCCAAAGCGGGAUGUCAAAGCUGCCAGAGACUUUAUUCUGAAGCUGUACCAGGACCAGAAUCCUGAUAAAGAAAAGGUCAUCUACUCCCACUUCACAUGUGCCACAGACACAGAGAACAUCCGCUUUGUCUUUGCUGCAGUGAAAGACACGAUUCUACAACUAAAUCUGAGGGAGUUCAACCUGGUUUGA